AUGGUUACUUUGGAAGAAUUAGAAAAGGAUAAUAGUAAUAACAAUCAAGAAGAUAAUGUUAUAGAUCAAGAAAUAUUACAAUCUUCUACCUCAGAUAUUAUAAAUAGAACUAAAUUAUUGGAUAAUGAUAUAAAAGUUAUGAGAUCAGAAAGUCAGAGAUUAACUCAUGAAAAAACAAUGAUGCUUGAAAGAAUAAAAGAUAAUCAAGAAAAAAUUAAUAAUAAUAAACAAUUACCUUAUUUAGUUGGUAAUGUUGUUGAAUUAUUAGAUUUAAAUGCUGAAAAAGAAUCAAUGGAACAAGGUGCGAAUAUUGAUAUUGAUGCUGCAAGAUCUGGUAAAUCAGCUGUUAUUAAAACUUCAACUAGGCAAACUAUUUUUUUACCAAUGAUUGGUUUAGUUAAUCCUGAAAAUUUAAAACCAAAUGAUUUAAUUGGAGUAAAUAAAGAUUCUUAUCUUAUAUUAGAUACUUUACCUUCUGAAUAUGAUUCAAGAGUUAAAGCAAUGGAAGUUGAUGAAAAACCAACAGAAGAUUAUAGUGAUAUUGGUGGAUUGGAUAAACAAAUUGAAGAAUUAAUUGAAGCUGUUGUAUUACCAAUGAAACAAGCUGAAAAAUUUCAAAAAUUAGGUAUUAAACCUCCAAAAGGUGCUUUAAUGUAUGGUCCGCCAGGAACUGGUAAAACCUUAUUAGCAAGAGCUUGUGCUGCGCAAUCUGGUGCUACUUUUUUAAAAUUAGCUGCUCCACAAUUAGUUCAAAUGUUUAUUGGUGAUGGUGCAAAAUUAGUGAGAGAUGCUUUUAGUUUAGCAAAAGAAAAAGCUCCAACUAUAAUAUUUAUUGAUGAAUUAGAUGCAAUUGGUACAAAAAGAUUUGAUAGUGAUAAAAGUGGUGAUAGAGAAGUUCAAAGAACAAUGUUGGAAUUAUUAAAUCAAUUAGAUGGUUUUGGUAGUGAUGAUAGAGUUAAAGUUUUAGCUGCAACAAAUAGAGUUGAUACUUUAGAUCCUGCUUUACUAAGAUCUGGUAGAUUAGAUAGAAAAAUUGAAUUUCCAUUACCAUCAGAAGAAGCAAGAGAAUCUGUUUUGAAAAUUCAUGCAAGAAAAUUACAUUGUGAUAAUAAUUCAGUAAAUUGGAGAGAAUUAGCAAGAUCAACUGAUGAAUUUAAUGGUGCACAAUUAAAAGCAGUUACUGUAGAGGCAGGUAUGAUUGCUUUAAGAAAUGGUAAAUCAAUUAUAAAACAUGAAGAUUUUGUUGAAGCAAUUGGUGAAGUUCAAGCAAGAAAAUCAAAAUCGGUAAACUUUUAUGCUUAG